AUGUCGCUCAGCUCAGAUUUCGACUCAAAAAACACAUUGACUACCACUUCUCUUCACAAACUAUCCGACAUGUCCUCAUUAACACGUUCUCACCUCACGCAGGUCCAGACGACUUUCCCGUCUCAUACACAACCAGUUCCCAUCCCCAUGUCGGCCAUCAGCGCCUCGUCUGUUGCCUCAAAUUCACAGCAGGGCUCACCCAUCAUGUCUCCCGACACAGCCGUCCUGACCACAAAUUCCUCCGCCCAGCCCUCACCUGAGCCCAUGCGAGGGCGGGAGGAGGAGGUCUUUCCUUCCAGCUUCCAGCUUCCCGAGUCGGUGCUGUUCCGCAAGAUGAGCGAGAACUCAUCAGGGCAGAGCUUGACCAGCAACCCAAGCGCAAUGUCAGAAGUAGUUGGAGGCAACAGGAGUAUCAUGCGUCGCCUCUCAAACCGAGCUCAUCGAUUCGCCACGAGCAGGAGACGGCAAUCUUCUGCCGCCCCGGCCAGCCGUGAUGGAAGUGUGGGACCUAGCAUCUUGAGGAGACGCAGUGACAGCAAUGCCACGGCGCCCCCUGAGAGCAGUGUCUUGACUGAUACGGACGAGGAGGUAGAGUUUGUACCUGAUGACUCCAUCUCCUUUGUUGGCCUGGACGGCGCCGUCUACACUUCCUCGGCCAACAGUACCCACGGUUCCAUUAGCGGAAGUGCUGGUGCUAUGGCUGGCCCUGUGCUCCCGGCUGAGCUCCGCAAUGGAAGCAGCGUCUUGAAGGUUUCAAGGAAAGCUCGACCAAGGAAGAUCAAUCUUAUUUACGAAACAGAAACGAACAAGCUGUCCUGGGACCCUGCUCGCCCCCACAAGUCACUGCACGUGGACGAGAUCAGGGAGAUUCGGACAGACUCUGACAUUCAGCAAUACAUCCUCGAUUUUGGAAUGGCCCAGAUCACCGAGGCUGACAAGAACCUCUCGGAUAACUGGUUCACCAUUAUCUACACCGUUCCCGAGAGCUCCAAGACGAAGUUCCUGCACAUUGUUACCGACAACAUUGCCAGCCGGAUCCUUUGGACGGAAUUCCUCGACGCCAUGCUCAGGUAUCGACAGGAGCUCAUGACUUCUCUGAUGGCCUUUAACGACCGGGCCAUUGCCCAGUACUGGCAAAGCGAGAUGACCAGGGAGUUUGGCGAUUCGCCUCGUGGCACCGAUCAGGAGGAGCUUGACAUUGCAGGUGUCAAGCGGGUGUGCCAGAGCCUUCACAUCUGCAGCUCCCAGUCAACACUCGAGGUCAACUUCCACCUGGCCGACUCUCGAAGACGCCAGAAGCUCAACUUUACCGAGUUCAAGGACUUUGUGCGGCGGAUGAAGCAAAGGACGGAUGUUCAGCGUCUCAUCCGUAGCAUUGCUGCUAACCCUGAGCUGGGCCUCACCCUGGCCGAGUUCCUAGAUUUCCUCCGUGAUGAGCAGGGCGAGGAUGUUGAUUCUAACCGGGCCUCUUGGGAGAAGCUCUUCUCUCGCUACAGCCGCCGAUACCGAACUGACGAAGUCGACACUGCCGAGAACGCCCAAACCAUGUCGGAAGCCGCGUUUGUAGGCUUUCUUACUUCGGAGGACAAUGGCCCGAUCGCCCCUGAGCCCCAGGAGUACACCCUCGAUCGCCCCAUGAACGAAUACUUUAUCUCGAGCUCCCAUAACACUUAUCUCCUCGGUCGACAAGUUGCUGGCCAGUCCAGCGUUGAGGGCUACAUUUCGGCUCUGGUCCGAGGUUGCCGGUGUGUCGAGGUUGACUGCUGGGAUGGCUACAACGGCCAGCCCGAGGUCAACCAUGGACGUACCAUGACAACCUCGAUCAGCUUUAAGGAGGUUAUGACAACCAUUAACAAGUACGCCUUCAUCAAGUCCAAGUUUCCUCUGUGGAUCUCCCUGGAAGUCCACUGCAGCCCCAGUCAGCAGGCCACCAUGGUCGAAAUUAUUAAGGAUUGUUUCGGCUCAAGGCUGGUGACGGAGACCCUUGACGCGUUCCCCGACAAGCUCCCCUCCCCUUCGGAGCUUAUGGAACGUGUCCUGAUCAAGGUCAAGAAGCCGCAGAUUAAGGAGGAGGUUGUCUCCGCUGGCAACGACUUCAGGGGUAGACGCCGAGGCAACAGCCUGAACUCGCCCAUGAUCCGACCGACCGUGCCCGAUAGCGCUGCCAUCAUGCCCUCGCAGUCCCUCCCCCAGAGCCCGAUGCUCACGCCCAGCCACUCGACCCGCAGGCUGGUCAGCAAGACGCGCGUCAACACGAUCACCGAGGGCCAGGUCCAGGACAUGAUGAGCAGCAGCACGAGCGACAACGAGAGUGGAGCCGAACAGGCAGCCAAGAAGGCGCCCAACAAGACGGUCAAGGUGCUCGGCGACUUGGGUGUGUACUGUGCAGGUGUCAAGUUCUCCGGAUUUGAUACCGCGGACGCGAAGCAGUACAACCACAUCUUCUCUUUCAUGGAGGCGAGCUUUGCCAAGCACUCUCGCACCAAGGAGCAGAAGAUGGCGCUCGACAUCCACAACAUGCGAUACAUGAUGCGAGUCUACCCCGACCGAACCCGUAUCACCUCGAACAACUUCGACCCCCUCAUUUACUGGCGCCGCGGUGUCCAGAUGGCGGCUCUCAACUGGCAGACGUUUGACCUCGGAAUGCAGCUUAACCGCGCCAUGUUUGACGGUGGCAAGGACUACUCUGGUUACGUUCUGAAGCCCGCAGAGCUUCGCGAUAUCCAGGUUCUCCCGUACAAUUCUGACAUCGCAGAGGGUAAGAAGGAGCGCAGCGUCGUGACGUUCAGCAUCGAUGUCAUCUCGGCUCAGCAACUCAUGCGACCUGCCAACCUCCCCGCCAACAAGUCGAUCAACCCCUACGUCGAAGUUGAGGUGUUCCACGCCAACGACAAGCGAGACAAGAAGGAGUCGGAAUGCAUCCUGUCCCUGGAGCCCGACUCGCCGCCCAAGGUCCAGACGGAUAUCAAGCCCGAGAAUGGCUUUAACCCCAUGUUUGAUAAGCAUUUCAAGUUCCGGGUGACGACAAAGCACCCCGACCUCGUCUUUGUGCGAUGGUCAGUCAAGCUCUCGACCGACGGUGAAAGCUACAACGAGCGACCGGCAGUGGCGACAUACACGGCCAAGCUCACCAACCUGAAGCAAGGAUACCGAACCUUGCCUCUCCUCAACCACGCUGGCGACCAGUACCUGUUCUCCAAGCUCUUCUGCAAGAUCAAGGUGGACCCAGUCGAAAAGAAGUUGAUCGACGCACCCCGACGCGCCCAGGAUGGCGGCAACAAGCUGAACCGUCUGGGCGGCAAGGUGUUUAGCCGGAUCAACACCAGCCCCAAAAGUACGAUUGAGAAGUCAAGCUCAGAGAAGACGAGCUUUGACAGUUAUUGA